AGAAUCUGCACUCUCCAACGUUGUCCUCUUUUUUCUUUUCUGCAUUUUAUUCCGCCGCGCAUUUUAUUUUCCUAUAUUUUAUUUCCUAUAUAUUUUAUUUGCUUCGAGUAAGCUAUUUUCAGAUCAUGCGUCGCUUCUUCCUACCGGCGCCGACUGUUAGCGCCUUGGCUUUGUCGGCCCGUUGUGCUACCAUGAAGGCGCGCAACAGCCAGGCACCGUGUGUGCCGGACUUCAACGACGAUACGACGUACCGCCAACGCUCAACGUGGUAUUUGGUCAAGGCAUUGAUUCUCCUGCGACUCUGCGGCGUCAACUAUCUCGCCACUAAUUCGGUCCAGGUAAUGAAGAAGUUCGAGAAGGCCCUGGGCACAAAGCUGACGUACAACAUCCUCGUAAAGAAGUCCUUUUACAACUACUUUUGCGCCGGCGAAAACGACCAGGAGGUGCGCGAGACCAUCGACAAGAUGGCGAAGACCAACGUUGGUGCUGUGCUCGACUACGCCGCAGAGGCCGACACUGAAGGCUUCGCCCCCGAGCCUGGCUUGGCUGUCGGGCCCGAGAUUUGCAUGUCGCGGCUCGUUACGAAGUGCAACGUCGAGUACCCGAUGAGCGAAAGCACCUUUGACCAGAACAUGAAGCUUUACAUGAUGUGCAUCAUGCACGCAUCCCUUUACAGCCCUUGCGACGCGGCGGGCGUGGCGGCGGUAAAGGUGACGGGCAUGUGCGACCCGCAGCUUCUCGCCCGCGUCUCUGCUAUCCUGAUGUCCGUGCACCAAAGCUGGAGUAAGCACUUCACGGGCGAGAACGAGACCGUCAAGCUGGAGGAGUGCCGUGUGGUCAUGGGCUUGCACCGCAAGCAUCAGCUGUUUGUCACGUACGAGCAGCUGCGCGCGGGCUUUGACAAGUACAACCCAUCGAACAAGCUCACUGAUGAGCAGUUCAAGGAGAUUGCGAAGGCGCUUGACCGGCGAAACGUUGGCAAGGUGAAUUACUUUGAGUACAAGGAGAUGCUCACGGAGGCGCUCAUUGCCCUGGAGCCCACGCCCGUGCAGAAGGCACUCAUCGAAGGUCUACCGCAGAUGAGCAGCAAGGAAAAGGAGCUGUGGAAGAACGUCAACAACCGUCUCGGGCUGAUCGCGCAGACGGCAAGGGUACUGAACGUGCGCAUGCUGGUCGAUGCGGAGCAGACAUUCUACCAAGUGGCCAUCGACGCCAUCGUGGCCUCCCUACAGAGGGAGUACAACAAGGAGGUGCCCGUGGUGUACAACACGUACCAGUGCUACCUUACCUAUGCGCAGGACCGCAUCGACAACGACCUCGUCCGCGCCCGUCAUAUGGACUUCCACUGGGGUGGUAAAAUCGUUCGCGGUGCGUACAUGAUACAGGAACGCGCGUCGGCAGAGAAGGAUAGCUACACGAGCCCCAUCUGGCCCACAAUCGAGGAGACGCACAAGUGCUACAACGCAGCCGCCGAGCAGAUCUUGAAAAAGUUCGAAAAGGAGCCGAACAAGAAGCACGAGGUGUUCUUUGGCACGCACAACAAGGAGUCACUGGAGGUCAUCACCGCGUUGGUGCUGCAGCACCCCGACGUUCAGUCGCGCGUGUUCUUUGGACAGCUGUUCGGCAUGCGUGACAACCUCACCGUACCACUUGCGAAGGCUGGCUUCCAUGUCUACAAGUACUUACCGUAUGGACCUGUGAGGGAGACCAUCCACUACCUCGGCCGCCGUGCUGUUGAAAACGCGUCUAUCCUCACCAACGGUGGCAACUGCGAGACAGUAAUGAUGAAAAAUGAGCUGAAGCGCCGUUGUGGUCUCCGGCAAAAGAAACACUGA